UCCAUCUCCAGCCCUGAGGACAACACCGUAUCUCUGCCUUGGUUUGCUCCCUAAUUGACCUAAAUACAGAAUCUCUGUGGUCCCUCAAGGCGGACUAUCGCACAGCCCACACGAGAGCAUACAAACUACGAGACCGUGUCCGGGUAUUUCCUGGAGUAAUUCCUCUUCGCCUUUUGCCCUCAGCUCAAACCCGAAACGAAUUUGCUUUGUGGAUCUCUCGUAACUGCAGCAGGCUGUCCUCACAUGGACUGCGUCGGGAUGGUCUGCGCGCAGAAGACGCUUCUGGCCCGAGAUAAGACGCCUUCCCGGGAAUGACAGUAUAAAAUUUACGUCUGGUGGAUUUUAAAAGGGUUUUUUGUUACGGGCGGACUCAUAAAGUCAGCAUGCUGGAUGAUAAAACACCGAGACUGAAAUCCGGUCCUCCAUCAAGAGGUUCAUCUUUUUACAUUGAGAAUUUGCUGGGAACUACAGGAAGACGUUCUUCAGCCGAGGAGCGAGCGGAGACUCCGAGCUUCAAACUUACUGGUCACGACCUGGGGAUGUGUCCGGGUCUGGAAACGAGACGUCUGAGCGACACUGACCGCUCGGACGGGAGCGGAACAUUUGCAAACACAGCGAAUGGCAGCUCAAGAAGUCUUCUUUGCAAGACCAGCCGCUCGCACGAACACGUAGACCCUGUGCUAAACAGCGAACGGGAUUCCCCAACUUUAACGGGACAGGCGGAGGAGAAUGACAAACCGGCCGAGAAGGAAGGCGACGGUCUGACAGAUGAGAAGGAAGAGGAAGACACGCGCUCCUCUUGCGUCUCUCUAGGGGACAGCUGUGACACAGGUGACAUCACAGUGGUGCGAAAGAAGAAGACGCGCACUGUGUUCAGCCGAAGCCAGGUGUUCCAGCUGGAGUCCACCUUCGACCUGAAGCGUUACCUGAGCAGCUCGGAGCGAGCUGGGCUGGCUGCGUCGCUGCAGCUCACCGAGACCCAAGUAAAGAUCUGGUUCCAAAAUCGUAGGAACAAGUGGAAACGGCAGAUCACGGCAGAUAUAGAAGCCAGCAGCACCACUGCACCGUACGCCGCCCAGAGGGUGGUUAGAGUUCCCGUGUUGUAUCGCGAGAGCGUCACUACCCCGCUGACACUGACAAACCUGCCCCACGUGUCACCUCCAGUAGUUGGCUUCUCUAACUCUGUUAACUAUCCGCUGACUGGCCACUUCACCCAUCCAGUGUCAUUCAUAACGCCCCAGAUGACCGGGCUGGUGUGACUUAAAGAGUGGAAGAGAUCUCGUAUACCUGUGACUCACAUGAAUCAAAUAAUGAUGCUGCAAAAUGUUCAUGUUAGAAUAUUCAGUAAAGUUAAUCCCAGCAGUGCACUGAGCAUUGUCAUCCUCUGUUGAAAUGUUUCCUUUGGAUGUUUUCUGGAUGUAAUUUAGACAAAUACAAGCAAAUUUAGAUCAAGGUGCCCGUGUCUACUUUCAGCAUUAAACUUCCUCAUCAUUAGCAGAACCUUUAUCAAUUUAUUGUAAGCAAAGGUCAUUUUUUAAGAUUUAGUACCAAAUUUAGCACUACCAGGAAUAAAUUAGUAUUACUAGAAAUAUGGAAAUUGUGAUGGAUAUUUUUCGACCAUUCAAGCUGCCCACCAUCCUGUCCUCUGUGCUUUACUGAGGACAUUUCACACACAUAGUCACAUAGUUUCCAACUAAAGCUUUAUUUUGCGAUGAUUUCUGUCACUGGAAAAUGUAGGGGUCCACGUACUUGGAAGGGUCAAUAUGUUUAUAGCUUGUAAAGCAAUGCAAAAAAAAAAUAAAACAAAGAAAAAGACACUUUGGGAAUUCAUUAAUUUGUAAAUGUAUAAGAAAAAUCUGGAAAUGAAAACACGAAUUACUGUAAACAAUCAGGUUACACAUAGAAAAAUCCUCUGAGGACAAAAAUCAGGGCCAAAAGUUCAUUUUUGUAUACUUUUUUCUGUACUUUAUGCUUUCAACUUGUAUUCACAUGCUACAGAAAAAGUUUUUCUUUGCACUGCUGAGUUUCCCAUCACACUCAUCUUCUCAUGUGGCUUUAGACUGUUGAAUUCUUUCUGAAAUUUGAAUCCACACACGUGACCUAUGAGUACUAAAAUGUAGCUCAUUUAUGAAAUAAAAGCCAGUUUGGUGUUUGUGAUAUUGUGACUUUUGAUAGCUGUGAACAGGGGUAGGCUAUUGGCAACACUGAUUGACUGACACUUUUGUUUUUUGUUGUUAAUUUAAGACGAUUUUAAUACAGAGUUUUGUACACUUCUAUGUUCACAUGUGAAUAAAAUUUUAUG